UAUUUACAAAAUCGUCUGAUACUUUAAAUACAAAAUCGAAACUGAUAGCAUAACACAUUAAAGCAAAGACCAUAUUUACAUAUAAAUGAAACAGCGAUGGGAGAUAUGGAAAUGAGAGGAAGGAAGGGAGGGCACAAGUCGUUUCCUGCUACGGUGGCGGCGCAACCACCGUCGCACAACUGGAGAUCCCUAAGUUUUUGCGUCAAUUUGAAUUGCGUCCCUUGAUGCACUCUCCACCGUCACGUAGACCCUUGAGUAGGAUGAUGGCGAAGCGAGAGGUCUGCUAGAGGAAGAAGGGGAGGACUGGUAUACCAGCUGAUCGCCGGCUCGUUCGGUUAGUGUCCACCGUGUCCACUUCACCAACAAAGACAAAAACACCCGAGGACACGAUCUAAAUUCCAAGAGCAAGAUGAGUGUGGUUUCCACAUCUCCAAAUAGCAGUUAUCCUCCUGUUAAAGAACCUAAUAAUUUGAUGUGUCGAUACUGUGCUAUGCAGUUUGACACGGAGGAUGAGCUCAAUGCUCAUGUACUUUCACAUUCACGUGGGGCUGCUCCUUUGAAAUGUACACUGUGUGGUCAAACAUACCGCACUUCAUCAAAACUUCAACGUCACAUACGGGUACAUAGUGGAGAAAAGCCAUACAUCUGUCAUAUAUGUGGACGCCGAUUUUCUCGCUCGGAUCAUCUGAAACAACACUCAAAAGUGCAUUCUAACCACCGAACGAAGAAUACUUGUAGAAUCUGUAAUGCAAGGUUUGUGGCCUCCCAUCUAUUAAAAUCUCAUCUACGUAGUCAUGGAAUAAAAUCUGUCCAGACGUGUGAAACCUGUGGAGAGGCAUUUGAAACUUGCAUCGAAUUAGAAAAACAUCAAAAGUUACAUGAAGUAAAACAAAGUACGGUUGCGAAAGUACGGAGAAAAAAUAGCCUAACUCCUGAAGAAGUGUCAAAUGGUGAUACUGAAACAACAACUGAAGAGCCACCUGUUAUUGAAGGUGCAAAAUGGACUGGCUGUGCACGUUUCUGUUUGGUAAGCUCUCAACCAGCAGAAAAUGAAACAAGCACCUAUAGCAUUGAAACAGUUGAAAAUAGUGAAAAGGGCUGGAUGCAAAUCCUUGGCCAGCUAGCAGAAGCUGAUUAUGCAGAACACAAUGCUGCCAAGAGUGAAAAUUUAAAUGAAACUGUUGUAAACUAUGACGUGUCCCAGAAAUCCAGCACUAUUCACAGCACUAACUUAGAAGAGAAUAAUAACCAAAUGUUAGAGACUAAGGAAAUUAGUGAUCAAAUAAAUGACUCCAGCACAAAAAGUCCUAGUCCUCUUCUAACUAUUCAAGAAUCUGCUAAUGAUGAUGAUGAUUUUGUUGAUGAGGAAGAGGAAGAGGAGGAUAAUGAACAUUCAGAGGAGAUAAUAAAAUCCUCAACUAUUAAACAUGAGCCUGGUGGUGAUAUUGAAGAAGAGGAGGAAGGUGGUGAGAAUGAUGACGAAGAAGGGGAGGAGGAUAUUGAACCAAACUGUGAUGAGCUAUCUUGUGAUGAAAGAAUGGAAGUGAUAGAAGCAAGUGAGGAGUUUAGUGAUGAUGAAUCAACAAAUACUGCCCUAAAAGUUUGUUACUCACUGGUAGGCAGUGGGGAAGAGUUUGAGAACAUAGAAGCUGAAACUAUUACUGAUGGUACCAAAAUGUUUGUUGUACCUAGCACUUCUGACUUUGAGAAAAAUGACCAAGAAGAGGAUAUUUCUGAUAACAUAAGAAAUGGCGAAGUAGAUUUUGAUAACCAACAAAUCAGUUAUACAAUUAGUUUGGUUGACAAGCAACCUCUGGAAAGUGAUCAAACUGCCAACAACAGCAGAACCGGACCAUUUCAAAUUGGUAACAAAAAAAUCAGCAAUUGCAAACAUUGCGGGAUUUGGUUUGAAGAUUUUGCUAUCUACAUGUUACACAACAGUCUACACCUUGGAAAUGAUGAUCCAUUCACCUGUAAGAAAUGCCUUAAGAAACUAGGUAACCGCCUGGAAUUUAUGGCACAUCUUAUGUGGCAUCUGGAGCCACCUGUGUCCGCAUGAGCUGAUCAACUAGCUUUUUACUUAUUUAGAGGACUGCACUACAAUAAAUUGACUGGUUCUGUUGGUAAAAAUGUAACCUACAAGCUGUAUAUCUCACUCAAGAGAUCACAAUUUUCACCCUAUUUCUCGAGCCAUAAUAUUUGUCUAUUAUUUACACCUUCCGUUAUCUUGCCUGUAAACAAAAGAUCAUCAAGUAUGGAAUCACUUUGACGGCUGUUAAUCCAGAGCAAAUUUUAAAGUUUCUUUUCAGUUUUAUUUAAAUAGCUAUUUCUUCUUUGUCACAUCUUUCUUCUUCUUUUUCCUCUUCUUCAUCUUCUUCAUCUUAUAUAUAAUUUGCCCUAGAUUACUGUUAUUCUACACCAGUUUCUUUAUUUUGUUCUAUUGAAUCAGUUAAAUAGUAUAUUAACUUGCAAAUUGUUGACCUUCAGUUUUAUGAAAAAAAAAAGUCUA